CUGCACGCUCUCUCUGGGGUCCUUUCUGUCUCCGCGAGCGCCGGUGUUUCUGGAAGGUUCUGCUUGGUUUCGGAAUCGUCCAGAAUCUGCGUUCAUCCGACCCGAAUCCGCGGAACCGAGACCCGCAGACAGCCCGGUACCGUUCCCGAGACCCUCCCGCACCCGGACCGAGAGAUAUAUCCGCGGGGAAAUGCCUGAAGCAGCGGCGCCGAAGGGGAAAGGAGGAGCCGGCAGAGGGGCGUAUGUGGACCGGGAUAAACCCGCUCAGAUCCGCUACAGCAACAUCAGCGCCGGGAAAGCUGUCGCCGAUGCCAUCAGAACCAGUCUUGGGCCGAAGGGUAUGGACAAAAUGAUCCAGGAUGGUAAAGGAGAUGUGACCAUCACUAAUGAUGGAGCCACCAUCCUGAAACAGAUGCAGGUGCUGCACCCUGCUGCCAAAAUGCUAGUAGAGCUUUCUAAAGCUCAGGAUAUUGAGGCUGGUGACGGCACUACGUCCGUAGUGGUGAUCGCUGGAGCUCUCUUGGAUGCCUGUGCCAAACUCCUACAGAAAGGUAUCCACCCAACCACUAUCUCAGAGUCCUUCCAGAAGGCUGUGGAUAAAGGUGUGGAGGUCCUGACCUCCAUCAGCCAGCCUGUGGAGCUGAGUGACCGCGAGACACUGCUCAACAGCGCCACCACAUCCCUGUGCUCAAAAGUGGUGUCACAGUACUCCAGCCUGCUGGCCCCCAUGAGUGUAGAUGCCGUCAUGAGGGUCAUCGAUCCAGCCACGGCCACCAGCGUCGACCUGAGAGACAUCCACAUCGUCAAGAAGCUCGGUGGAACCAUAGACGACUGUGAGCUGGUGGACGGUCUGGUUCUGACCCAGAGGGUUGUGAACACUGGAGUGUCCCGUGUAGAGAAGGCCAAGAUCGGCCUUAUCCAGUUCUGCCUGUCCCCUCCAAAGACUGAUAUGGAUAACCAGAUUGUGGUGUCGGACUACGCGCAGAUGGACCGCGUGCUCCGGGAGGAGAGAGCUUACAUCCUGAACCUGAUCAAACAGAUUAAGAAAGCCGGCUGCAACGUCCUGCUCAUCCAGAAAUCCAUCCUGAGAGAUGCUCUGAGUGAUCUGGCUGUUCACUUCCUAAACAAAAUGAAGAUCAUGGUGGUGAAGGACAUCGAGAGGGAGGAGAUUGAGUUCAUCUGCAAGACUAUUGGCACCAAACCCAUCGCCCACAUUGACCAGUUCACUCCUGAGAUGCUGGGGUUGGCUGAGCUGGCCGAGGAGGUCAGCCUGGACGGUUCAGGCAAGCUGGUGAAGAUCACAGGUUGUGCCAGUCCAGGUAAAACUGUGAGCAUUGUGGUGCGCGGAUCCAAUAAGCUGGUGAUUGAAGAGGCGGAGCGAUCCAUCCAUGAUGCUCUCUGCGUCAUCCGCUGCCUCGUCAAGAAAAGGGCUCUGAUCGCGGGCGGUGGUGCUCCUGAGAUCGAGCUGGCUCUGCGGCUGGCGGAGUUCGCCCGCUCUCUGGGUGGUAUGGAGGCUUACUGUGUGCGUGCGUACGCUGACGCCCUGGAGGUCAUCCCCUCCACGCUGGCCGAGAACGCCGGCCUCAACCCCAUCUCCACCGUCACCGAGCUCCGCAACCGACAUGCCCAGGGAGAGAAGACCGCCGGCAUCAACGUCCGCAAGGGUGGAAUCUCUAAUAUUUUGGAGGAGUUGGUGGUUCAGCCGCUGCUGGUCUCGAUCAGUGCCCUCACCCUCGCCACAGAAACGGUCCGCAGCAUCCUCAAGAUCGACGAUGUUGUAAACACCCGAUAAGGUGUUUGCUCGUUUGCACUGAAGGGAAAUGGAGCACUCCUUUUGUCUGGCGCGCUGCAGAAGGAUGUGGGGACCUCACAAACACUUCGCUCAGACCAACUGUUGAAGAGCUGUCUGUAGAUGUUACGUUGCGUAAUUUAAUAAAGCCUUUUUUGUUGGAAACUUCA